GAGAGAGAGACAUAGGGUGAGACAGAGAGAGAGAGAGAGAGAGAGACAUAGGGUGAGACAGAGAGAGAGAGGAUCCUGCCUUUGCGGAAGCCGGAGAGGAGCCGAGGCGGCGCUAAAUUAAAUUAGCAUAGUAACUAGCUAGCACUGCGCCGAUGUGGAGAAGCGGAAGCUGAAGAAGCAACUCGUCGCUCCUCCAAGUCGAGACAAGCCUCCCGCCGGGUGCGGGCUCAUUUUGUCGGGAUCUUCGCUGCCGAGGAGAUGGGGGACAAGGCGGGCACCAGAGUUUUCAAGAAGUCGAGCCCCAACUGCAAGGUGACGGUUUACCUGGGAAAGAGAGACUUUGUGGAUCACCUGGACCACGUGGACCCAGUAGACGGAGUGAUCCUCGUGGACCCGGAGUACCUGAAGGACAGGAAAGUCUUCGUCACACUCACCUGUGCGUUCAGGUACGGCCGAGAGGACCUGGACGUCCUGGGCCUGUCCUUCAGGAAGGACCUCUACAUCUCCACCUUCCAGGCCUUCCCUCCGGUGCCUGAAGAGAAGAAACCCAACAGCCGGCUGCAGGAGAGACUGCUGAAGAAACUGGGCCAACAUGCUCACCCCUUCUACUUCACUAUUCCUCAGAACCUCCCGUGUUCCGUCACCUUACAGCCCGGCCCAGAGGACACUGGGAAGGCCUGCGGCGUCGACUUUGAGAUCAGAGCUUUCUGUGCCAAGUCAAUAGAAGAAAAGAUCCACAAGAGGAACUCGGUGCGUUUGGUCAUCAGGAAGGUUCAGUACGCUCCGGAGAAGCCUGGUCCUCAGCCGAUGGUGGAGACGACCCGCAGCUUCCUGAUGUCUGACAGAUCCCUUCAUCUGGAGGCCUCUCUGGACAAGGAGCUGUACUACCACGGAGAGCCCAUCAGUGUCAACGUUCACGUCACCAACAACUCCACCAAGACUGUCAAGAGAGCAAAGAUAUCCGUGCGUCAGUACGCCGACAUCUGCCUGUUCAGCACUGCCCAGUACAAAUGUCCAGUGGCCCAGCUGGAGGCCGAUGACCAGGUGUCGUCCAGCUCCACCUUCUGCAAGGUGUACACUCUGACCCCGACGCUGGACAAGAACCGGGAGAAGAGAGGACUCGCCCUGGACGGCAAGCUGAAGCACGAAGACACCAACCUGGCCUCCUCCACCAUCGUCAAGGACGUCACCAACAAGGAGGUGCUCGGGAUCCUGGUGUCCUACAGAGUCAAAGUCAAGCUGGUGGUCUCACGUGGAGGGCUGCUGAGAGGCAUGUUGGACAGAGACGUGUCGGUAGAGCUGCCGUUCAUCUUGAUGCACCCGAAACCAGUGGAGCCGCCUUUGUCCCGCCCUCAGUCAGCUGUGCCAGAGAUGGACCCCCCCAUAGACACCAAUUUGAUAGAAUUUGACACAAACAGCGUCUCCCAGGACGACGACUUUGUCUUCGAGGACUUCGCCCGCCUGCGGCUCAAAGGCGCCGUGGACGACAAGGACGAGGACUGCUAGAGCAACGCACACACACACACACACACACACUGUUCACGUUACAUUCCCCGGGGGGGGGCGUUUGGACGGAGGCCUCGUGGGGUGGUGGUGUUCUUCCUCCCUUGCUUCAACCAUCUCAUCUUCCUGCUGCCGUUUGUCUUCUCCAUCCGUCUUUCUGGUUGUUGUUUUUUGGGGGGGGGGGGUGGGUUGUUGAAGGUUGAAUGUCAAACAGCUGCAGGACAGAUGUUGUGGGGGGGGGUGAUGCAAUGAUUGAUUAGCUGAAAUAUGACACAAGAAAAAAAAUUGGCCUUCGUCUGCUUUUAUUUUGAAACUUUUUUCAAAUUAACCGGACGCAGCGUUGUACAAACAGAAUAUAUAUUUGAAACAAAGGAAAAAAAUCUUCUACGAGCAGUUUGAGGUCUGUUUUCUUUUAUUAAACACAUGCUUUCCUUUUUUUUUUUACAUCACGGCUGCCCAGGGAGGAAAAACACACACACACACACACACACACACACAGCAAUUUCACCAGCAUCCAUCUCAACAUCUCGUCCAUUUGGUAAAAUGUUUUUUCUUCCAGUUUUAUUAUGAAGGAAUCAUUCCAGCGUUGACAGAGUUUCUGUUUUUCAAGUCAAAGUAACAGAUGUUUUAUUUUAUUUUGUACGAUAUUUCGACACAAAGUCCCGCCCUCUUUUCUUUGAUAUUAAAGCCACACGUGUGAUUGGUUUCUUUUUCCUUUUAAAAGGUUCAACGAGCAAAACUCUGACGUUGGAAUGUUUUUUUUAAUUAAAACUGGGAUCAAACUUUGGCUUCGAGUCUCUCGACGUCUGCGUCAGUUAAAAAGAAUAAUAAUUACAGAGAGAAUUACAAACAAAUCUACAGCUUUCACUUUCCUAAAACCCCAAAGCGCCGUCGAUCUUAGAGCGAGCAUCGUCUGGUUUCCAUUCAAGUCGAAUCUGACCCCAGCUGCUUCAGAUGGUCUCCAUGGAAACACUGCUGUUUUCUGUCUAUUAAUUCUCAACAAGUCGAUCUGCUGCACUGGAUCAAGUGGAGACUUCAUUGUGCCUUCUUCAUCCCACUGUUGCCGGGAUAAGAAAUAUUUUAAUUGUUGUCGUGACUAAAAAUUGAAUUUGCAGCAAUUUGGAUGUAACAUUUAUUUUUGUUUGCAAGUUUAAAAAAAGAAGGCAGGAAAAUGUCACGAUUCAUAAAGUGUUUUCAUACAUUCACGAUGUCACUAAAUUAUUUAGUUUGUAAAUGAGUUCAAUUUCAAGGAUUUUCUUCUUGUGAAUGAAAAACACCUUCAGAAUAUGAAAGUGUCAAAAUAAUAAUAUAUAAUUAAUAUAACAUCCCAAUUAAAAAAAUAUUCCUGUAAAAUACUUCCUUUACUUACAAACUUUUGUCUGUUAAAUAUUAAUAUCAUUAUUCAUCUUGUUACUUUGUGACAUUUUGAUGACAUUAAUCUUUUACUUUCCUUUGUAAUUUCCCAUAUAAGGUUUUUUCUUUGUCACCUGACUUUUUAUUUCCUCAAAUGUACACACUUAUUUCCCUGUCGUGGCUUAAAGGUGCUGAUUCUCUAAGCUCGUCACUGGUAAACCUGUGGCUAGCAUCUAGCAGCGAUCAUGUUAGCUAGCAGCGCUCAUGUUCUCUAGCAGCGCUAAUGUUCUCUAGCAGCGCUCAUGUUCUCUAGCAGCGCUCAUGUUAGCUAGCAGCGCUAAUGUUCUCUAGCAGCGCUCAUGUUAGCUAGCAGCGCUCAUGUUAGCUAGCAGCGCUCAUGUUCUCUAGCAGCGCUAAUGUUCUCUAGCAGCGCUCAUGUUAGCUAGCAGCGCUAAUGUUCUCUAGCAGCGCUCAUGUUAGCUAGCAGCGCUAAUGUCGCGUCGCAGCACGGGAAGUUUUUAGGGGUCACAAAAUUGAAUCAAUGUUAUUGUUGCUCAUUGAUCUCAUAAAAGUUCCACUUGCAAAUAUAUUGUCAAUAAAUGUCCUUUUGUGCGUAAAAUGAGCAACGAGAAGUUUGUCUCAAAGCGUAGCUUCAGAAGUCGUAGUUCUCGUGUUUCUACAGGAUGCGACUCGCAUCGUAGACAUUUGGCCAAAACGUUGAGUGCCAAUUAAAACGGAGAGAAGUCGCACAAAGAGCAGCAGUGUUUCCUUCAGACCUCCGUGUUCCACAUGAAGGAUUCUCAUUUCCCAUCUUUUGACGAGUGUUUUUCCCUCUGAACAACAAAUGGACGUUUGUGACCCACGAAGGAGCCGAGUGGCUUAUUUCACAAGUACAUUUUCUCUUUUUGACGCUCGACCUUUUUUUCUACAAAUAGUUUUGUUUUUUUGAGGCUUCAGUCUAAAAGCGGUGAGAUUCCCUCCCAGAAGAAGAGCAUGUUUUAUUUAACUCUGUCCUCACGUUCUCGUGCAUCUGUGGGGAAACUUUUGCUAAGUGUGAAAAUAUUUUGACAAGUGCCCCGACUGUGCGACGCUUUACCGUAAAGUCUGUAAAACACAGGAAGUGAUUUCUGCUGGAGGGACGAACCCAGAGCAGAAGAUCUGAUUAUUAUGCUUGAUUAUUGUUAUGGUGACUUAUUACUUCUACUGUAUCAGCGACCAUGAUUAUUCUCAUGAUCAUUUAAGAGUCUUUGGUUUAGCCACAUGUUUUUUAUUUUGAGAUUUGUUUUCUUUAUUAUUAAAGGUUAAAUAAACCAAUA